AAUUGUUUAAUCGUGAGAAAGUUGAAAUCGGGGAAACCGGUUAAUGCUUGUAUUUGCAUGAUUGCAUCUCACUCACUCUCUGUAUUUCGUCUCUAUCUCUCUCUGUUCUCCUCUCUGUGUAAGGUUGAGUCAGUGUAACUGUUGAUUUUCAUUAACAGGGAGAAGUCCCUGUUGGGUUCGUUCCAUUGACGAAGCUCUGUAGGGAACAGUAUAACGGGCGAUUUCUAACAACAACGUAACUACAAGGCUGUGUUGGUUCCAUUGCUGAAGUGAAGCUCUUCUCUCGAACUAGAUAGGAGUAUGGCCCCAGCGGAAGUUAAAAGGGAAGGUGAUGAUUAUGAUAUUCCAAAUGAAGCUGAUGGCAUUCGUUUGAUGAAUGAAAGUUGGGCAGAACCUGAUCAUGGUUGCGAAGCUGGUCCGAGCAAUGAAGAAGCAACCAACAUGAACGUUGAAGAUGGCGGAGCCGAUGUGAAAAAAGAAAUGGUUGACGAUGCUCAUCGCAAUGACAUGGUUGGUGAUGUUGAACGUGCUAUUCUGGAACAGAAAUUUGAUUCGGUCGAAGAUGGAGAAGAUUUCUACAAUGCGUAUGCUAAAGCCAAGGGAUUUAGUAUACGAAAAUCCAGAUUUAACACAAAUAAAGAGGGAAAGGUCGUUAGUAGGCUGUGGUUGUGUUCAAGGAAAGGUCAGAGAUUACCAAUAUACUUGGACCGUGUUGCUGAGAAGAGUAGAGCUCCCAAGGCACUAACAAGAGUAGGUUGCAAAGCCCAAUUUCGCAUACGGUACGAUGCGGAUGCUGGUGAAGGGGGAAAGUAUGUUGUGACGCACUUCGUCGCAGACCACAACCAUGAAUUGGCGGAACAACACUGUGUGAUGUAUCUAAGGUCACAUCGCAGUUUAAACAGCGGUGACAAAGCUCAAGCAAUGGCUAUGCGCAAUGUCGGUGUGAAGACUAGCCAAAUCAUGGACUAUAUGGUAAAUCAGUCCGGGUCUUAUGAGAAUGUUGGUUUCAUCCGCACGGAUCUGCACAACCAUAUUCAAGCCGAACGUAGAGCAGAAGUUGAGGAUGGUGAUGCGCAGGGUGCGUUGGUUUACCUAUGCGCAAAACUUGAUGUUGAUGCACGGCAAUCAGAAGAGUAUUUCCAGAUGCAAGACAUCGAUUAUGUAAUUGGCAUCUUGGGAAAAAUGCUGUUUCAAAUGUUCACAUAAGUGGCUUUGCACAUGCUUUCAAGCAGUGCAUGGACAUGGAAACGGAUGAGACAAAGUUUGAGCAUGGCUGGACGACAAUGGUCGAAGAAUUUGGACUUCAAACCAACAGUUGGGUGUUGGAGACAUAUGAGAAGCGUCAUAUGUGGGCUAAGGCAUAUAUGCGUGGACAUUUCUUUGCUGGGAUGAAGAGCACUCAGCGCUUGGAAUGUAUGAAUGCUUAUUUCAAUCCCUUCCUCCAACACAAAUUGAAGCUCUAUGAAUUUGUUAGGCACUAUGAUCGGGCUCUUGCAAGGAUAAGGUAUAACAAGGCUGGAGAUGAUGUUGAAACAAAUAACACUUUUCCGGUAUUAAUUACUCCAUUGCGAGAUAUAGAGAGACCUGGAGCUGAGCUAUUCACCCGAAAUAUAUUUAGAAUGUUCUGUGAUGAAAUCUUAGAAGAGGGGAAGUUGAAUGUCAAGGACGUGUUCCCUUUGCCGGAUGGUCAGAAAUGCUACUAUAUUCAUAAGUACAAAGUGAAGGACAAAUCAUGGAUAGUAACACACAAUCCAAUGGAUGCUGCAAUGAGAUGUUCUUGCAUGAAGUUUGAGUCAUUGGGGCUACCUUGCUGCCACAUGAUAUGUGUUAUGAAAGCUGAAAAUUUAACGAAAAUUCCCCCAACUUGUGUGCUACAUAGAUGGACAAGGGCUGCAAGCAAGGAUAGCCAGCAAUGGCCUCAACCCUCAAUUGAUAGCACUACAACACAGACGGCCCGGUAUGGGAUAUUGUGUUCUUCCUACAACGAAAUGUGUUUCUAUGCCUCGCAAUCAACGGAAGGUUUCAAAGAGGCUAGGGAUACAUGUCUUCCGAUGACGAGCCGGAUGAAGGAGUUAUAUGAGAGGAAUUUGAACGGUGGGAAUGGAGACAAAGGGAAACAUUCAUUCCGUCGACAAUUUGGCGUAGAAGAUCCUGAUGUUGUGAAGACAAAAGGGACCCCAGGACGGGCCUCGUCCAACUGUCGAAGACCAAGAAAAUGUGGGAAUUACAAAUGCAUUGGGCACACAAAGCGAACGUGUCCUAAGGUUCGCUUUAGCCGAACAGUGGGUACUAAGUCAGAUGCAGAUACACCCCACAUAACUGACCGUGAGUACAAUGCGGAGUCAUUGCCCGUUCAAUGCAAAACUGGGUUGGUGGAUCCAAGUACACCGCACAUUAAGCAACAGCGACUAUUUUUCAAUGUUUCUCCUGAUUCCAAGCAGCCUGUGGGCCAAUACGGUAGUGUUGAAGCAGCAGUGUGGAAAAAUGAUUCGAACACAAUUGAUGAGGUGAAUCAGCAACGAAGCAGUAAUUUAAAGUUGACAAGUUCAAGAAGAAAAUCAAGCAAUUGUGGUAUUGGUUCAAAUGCCUGA